AUGGGCAAGAGAAAUAAGACUGAAUACAACGACUUCCUGGAUGGCGAGAAGCUGCGCGACAACAAUGAAAUCCGGACCACGUUACAAGGAACAAAAUCCCUCGAGCGCAAUGUAUCACCGCCCUCAACACGGCGCUACAACACGGCCAGAGGCAAGAAAAGCAAAGGCGGGCCAAAGAAGCCGCAAUUGACACACUUCCUCUGCAUCCCUCUCGUGAACCCCCACACCCGACCACAGCUCGAAGCCCAAUUAUCAAAGUUGAAGGGGGAGCUCGGGCAGACGGGAUUCCUGCCCGUCAAAGCAGUCAGGCCGCCCGGCACGCUGCAUCUCACGCUGGGGGUCAUGUCGCUCGACGAUGAGCAACUCUCCAUCGCAACACGGUAUCUAGCCGCGCUAGACGUACAGAAAAUCCUACAGAACGUCACGGCGCAGAGCAUGGCCGAGUCCGCCGCCGCCAGCGGCACCGUCAGUGAGAAUCUGAAUGCGGCGGCGAUGCCGGACUGGGAGGCGCUGAGUAUCGACCUCAAGGGCCUGGUGCCGAUGCAGGUGCCGCAUAAGACGAGCAUUCUGUAUGCGGAGCCCGUGGAUGCGAGUGGGAGGUUGCAGGCGUUUGGGGAGAAAUUGAGGGGGGAAUUUACGAGGGAGGGGUGGCUGGUGGAGGAUAAGAGGACGCUGAGGUUGCACGCUACGGUGGUUAAUACGAUAUAUGCGAAGGGAAAAGGGCAACGGGUUACGAAGGCGCCGAGAAUUAAGGGUGGAGAGGAUGCGGAUGCUGUGGAUGGCAAGGAGGAUCAUGACGAUGGUGUAUCGACGGCUGGCUCCGCGAUAGAAGACCACGACGAACUGGAUGGGUCGACAGGCCACGGGCCAGACGCGAAGAGCUGGCUGCGCUUCGAUGCCAGGGAACUGAUCGAGCGGUACAGCGAUGUCGUGUGGGCGGAGAAUGUAAGCAUCGACCGGGUCCAAAUAUGCAAGAUGGGCGCGAAGAAGAUGCGGAACGAGUCGGGUGAAGUUGUGGCGGAGGAGUACGAGGUUAUUGCCGAGAAGGUGAUUGGGGCGUGA